GAGUUUUGCUAACAUUUGCUGUUAGCUUUAACGUUAUUUAAACUAUUAAAGGCUUACGGUUUUGUACUGUCAUUGCACAAAGGGACGGAGUUUUCAAGGAGGAUUCAAGACAUUUACAAUGAGUCAAUCUGAGGAGGAACAGGGUUGGAUGAAUCCCAGUGGAGGAGAGGAGGAGGAGGAGGAAGAUGAGGAUGAGGAUGAGGAUGAUGAGGAUACCCCCCAGGUGGCCCUUACACCUGAUGCUUCACUCCCAGAGGAUCCAUCCUUUGCUACUACUGAUGUAACUGCUAGCUCUGCCUUCCAGUGCCUUGAGGAGUUCUUGUCAAUGGGCAAAAUCAGCCAGAACAAAGCCGCCAAACUGAAAUCCAGCUACAGGCUACUCUGUGAAACUCUCAAGAGUUCCCAGGAUUCCGAGCUCCACGUUUUGGGAGAGGCAAAGCGAUGCCGUGCGGAGCUUCAGAGGCUGCAGGCCGGGCUGGAGAGAGCCGAGGAGCAGAGCACCUCUGAGCAGCCUGAAAGUGAGGUCAAUGAACUGAGGCAACACCUCCUGCAGGCAUGCAAUGAACUGAAAGCUGCUGAGGACAGAGAGUACAAGACACAGCACCGCCUCAGAUGUCUCUGGGAAGAGAAGCGGUAUCUGCAGAAAGAGAUUGAGUUUCAGCCCGAACCUGCAGAGCUGGAGAGCAGAACAAAUGUCCUGCAGGAAAAACAUGAGGAUCUGAGGAAGGAGGUUUCCGAGAGACGACUGGAAGUCAGGAGUCUGACUGAAGAUGUGGAAAUCCACAAAAUGCAGAUAUUAAGAGAACAGAAAGAGCUGGAAGACAAGACCGAGAUCAUAGAGCUCAAAGAGCCGGUCUCUAAAGGCACAUUUCCUCUGCAGCGGGGUAGCCCUGUUUAA